UAUCGCUCCAGUCCAGCAGGGGGCGGAAGUGCGUCAUAUGUUGCUGCGUCUCGCGCAGACUCACGACGGAAGUAGUACAGAGUUUUCUUUCUGCUGCUGUGUGAUUAACGUAUUUCAGAUGUUGAUCAUGAAAGCGCAGGUGGAUGUGGUCUGCUGUAAAUCAGUAGGAACUGAUCUGUCCAUGCUGGAUAUUGAGGAUUUCAUCACAGAAAUCUGUCAGCUGAAGAAAGAGGUGGCUUCACUGGAGGCAAAGCUGAGAGAAAGAGGAGACAAACUGAACAGAGAGGUUUGAACAGAUCUUCAUUUCAUCUUUAGCUGCUAAUAUGGACUGAUUGUUGUGUGAAUCAAUGUCUUAUUGUUAAUCAUACUCUCACUAGAUAUAUUACUGAUUGUGUUUGUCAGGAUGUGGAGCAGGUUUGGGUGCGUGAGACUGAUGGGACAGAAGCUCAGGAUUCAGUCUGGAGCGUCAGAGAUCAGAGAUCCAGAGACACACAGGACUCAGAGCUCAGCCUCACUUUACUCUGUUAUACUGACGCUCAGGAUCAUGAAUCCACUGAUCAAACCUCUGACUGUAACGCUGGAGAACAGCAGAUGCUGCAGACGCCGCUGAAGAUGUGCUCCGUCAAACUGGUGGACUGCAGGAACCUGAUCGAGAGCAGAGGAGAAGAAACCACCGCAGAGAAACAACAACAACACACUGAUGAGGAAGAGGAGGAGGAGAAUAAUGGGGAUGAUGAUGAUGAAGAUUUUGUUCCUCCAGAUGUCAAUGGUGGCUCAUCUUCUGAUGGAGAUGAAGAAACACAGCUGCAGACCAAGAGUUUCUCCUGCAGCACCUGUGGAAAAACACUGAGUUCAGAGAGUAAUUUAAAGAGACACGAGAGAACACACACAGAACAGAAAGACUUCAGCUGUAAGAUAUGCAACAUCAGCUUUCCUACAGCAGAAGAGAGGAGACUUCAUUCAAAAGAGCACAGCGGGAAGAAGGAGUUUCACUGUGAACAAUGCGGGAAGGUUUUUUUCCAUCAUUCUAGUCUAAAAGUUCACUUAAAGACUCACGGUGAAAAGUCUUUCCACUGCAGUGAAUGUGGCAAGUAUUUCAGCACCAAAGGAAGUCUUGAUGCUCAUAAGCGAAUACACACGGGAGAAAGACCAUACAAGUGUCCUCACUGCGAGAAAAGCUUCAAUCACGGAUCUCAUCUGAAGAAACAUGUGCGUUUGCACACCAAUGAGAGACCGUAUCAGUGCAGAGAAUGUGGGAAAGCCUUCACAAACUCAUUCACUCUAAAGUCACACCAGAGAAUCCAUUCAGAUGAGAAACCCUUUCAGUGCAAACACUGCGACAAACGAUUCCGUCAAAGAACAAAUCUGAAUUGUCACGAGAGGAUUCACACCGGAGAGAAACCGUAUCUGUGCGCCCACUGCGGGAAGAGUUUUUCUGAUCCAACUCAUUUCAGGGAACAUAAGCGAAUCCACACUGGGGAAAAACCAUAUCACUGCAGCAUUUGUGGGAUGAAUUUCACACAAAACACUAACUUAAUAAUGCAUCAGAGGAUUCAUACUGGAGAAAGACCGUUUAAAUGCUCACAGUGUGAAAAGAUGUUUGCUCGAUCAGACGUCCUCAAGGUCCAUCAGCGAGUUCAUACAGGAGAGAAACCUUACUCCUGCUCCAUCUGCGGCGAGAGAUUCGCUUAUUUAGGUAGUUUUCAGACCCACCAAAACAAACACCCUAAAGAACAAACUGCUCCAGAAUCAUCAGAGUGACUUUCAUGUCUUGGUCUGUCAGUAAAGGAUUUAUUUCGGCAGUUGCUUUCAUAAUUCAUGCCAUGAGAUAUAUGAAAGUAACACCAUACACAUGAUGAUUUGAAUGUAAAACAUGAACCGUAUGAUAUAGAUCUGGAGCUAUUCCACACCAAAGAGUGCCUGUUUUGUUUUUAUAUAUAUAUAACUUUGGUCUCAAACUCAUUUCCUGGAGGGCACAGCUUAGUUUAGCUCCAGUUUAGCUCCAACCCAAUUCAAACACACCUGAUCCAGCUAAUCAAGCUCUUCAGGAUCACUAGAAACUCCCAAGCAGUUGUGAGUUGGAGCUAAACUCUGCAGACCUGUGGCUCUCCAAGAAUUGAGCUUGAAAAAAUGUUCUAAUUUACUUCCAAUUAACUAUCAAAUAAAGUCUGAAGAUACUCAA